GUGGGGCAGGAUGCUGGAUGGCCCGUUAUUCUCCGAGGGGCCCAACAGCCCCCGGGAGCUACAGGAUGAGGAGUUGGGCAGCUGCCUUUGGGUGCAGAAGUCCAAGCUGUUGGUGAUUGAAGUGAAGACUAUUUCCUGUCAUUAUAGUCGUCGCGCCCCUUCUCGACAGUCCAUGGACAUCCAGGCCAGCUACUGGGCCCGUGGGCCCCAGAGCCGCACGUGUAGGCUACGCCCAGGAUCCCCUGAGCCGCCACCCCGCCGACCCUGGGCCACCAGGGUGCUGCAGGAGGCGACCAACUGGCGGGCGGGGACCCUCGCCGAGGUCCGAGCCCGGGAACAAGAGAAAAGGAAGGCGGCGUCGCAGGAGCGGGAGGCCAAGGAGACCGAGAGAAAAAGGCGCAAGGCUGGGGGGGCCCGACGGAGUCCCCUAGGUCAGCCCCGCCCAGAGACCCGGAACGCCCUUCGGGCGGCCCAACCAACAGGGUUCCCAGUUUUCUCCAGACCAGAGCGCUUCGGGCAGGUGGGGCGAGCGCCCCGUCCAUCUGCGCUCCAGCAGAGUGACCCAGGGGUGGCAUGGGCGGGGCCAUGGGGAGGUAGGAGACCAGGGCCCCCUAGCUACGAGGCCCACCUGCUGCUGAGAGGCGCUGCAGGCACAGCCCCAAGACGCCGCUGGGACCGGCCGCCACCCUAUGUGGCUCCACCUUCUUAUGAAGGCCCCCACAGAACCCUGGGGACUAAGCAAGGCCCGGAGCUCUCCCGGGCGCCCACCUCAUCAGCCCCAGUUCCAGUCGCCACCAGGACAGAGACAGGGCGCGCGAAGAAGAGGCUGGAUCCUCGAAUCUACCGGGAUGUUCUAGGGGCUUGGGGUCUCAGACAGGGACGGGGACUCUUAGGAGGAGCUCCGGGCUGUGCAGCGGCCAGAGCCAGGCCAGAGUCCUGCAGAGAGGCGAUAGAGAAAAGCUCGGGCCUAGCUGCUGCUGGCCUGAACAGUUGUGGCGAGGGCCGUCCCCAAGCCAAAGCUACUGGCAGUCCAGGCACCACGGAGGCAGCUCCCGCUGGGUCUACGACCCGCAGCCCCCCAUGUCCUGCUCCCAGGUCCAGGCAGCACCUUAAGGGCUCAAGGGAAAGGAAAGAAGGAAGUGAACAUAUUUGGCUUCCCAGGUGUUGGCUUUCCUCCCCUACAAAGCCUCCAGUUAGGCACAGCCAGACUCUCCCCAGACCCUGGGCUCCUGGAGGCACCGGGUGGAGAGAGUCCCUGGGUCAAAGAGAGGGGUCAGAACAUGAAACCCUGGAAAUUUGGAAGGCGACCCGCCGUGCCCACACCCUGCCCCGCAGUUCCCGAGGCCCCUCUCGUAGAGAAGGCAUCUUUGUCAUUGAUGCCACGUGCGUGGUGAUAAAGUCCCAGUAUGUUCCGACCCUUCGGACCCAGCAGGUGCAGCUCUUGCCCUCUGGGGAGCCAUGCAUUGGGAACGACAGCCCCAGGCAACCCAAGCCCUGCCACGAGGAGGGUGAGGGGGUCGCUGCCAAUCCCUCAGUUUGCCAAAAGCUACUGUUGAGCAGUGGCAACUCUAACCAGCCGGGCGGGGGUCGCGAGUGCGAAGCCGAGGGAGGAGAGCAGGGGGAUUCUUCACUGGAGGACCGCGCCUCCUGCAGUUUAGGGCUCCCUGUUUGCGAAGUGAACCUACGAGACGCCCCCACGCAGCCAUGUAGCCCUGAGCACCCGACCUUAGGCCCAGCGGCUCUGGGAUGCGCGGGCAGCGUGAAGGGCUCAGAAGCGGUUGGGGUCCUGCGGCGCACGGGCGGGGGCUGGGCGCGUACUCCAGGACCCUACGCCGGGGCAUUGCGGGAAGCCGUGUCCCGCAUCCGCCGCCACACCGCCCCAGAUUCGGACUCAGAUGAAGCUGAGGAGCUCAGCGUCCAUAGUGGCUCCUCUGAUGGAAGCGACACAGAUGCCCCAGGCGCCUCCUGGCGGAGUGAGAGGACCCUGCCUGCGGUUGGAAACUCCCAUCCCAGGGAAGGCGGGAAGAGAGCCGAAGUGAGCGACAGCAUCCGGGAGAUUCUAGAUGUCAUCAGUCAAACUGAGGAAGGUCCCUCCGGGGAGGACACCAGGAAAACGCCACAGGGGAAAAGAGAGAGAGAGUGAGCGAUGCCCCAUUUUGUUCUCGUGUGGUUCAGCCCAUCCAUCCUUGGGCUCACUGGCCUCCUUUACUCUCUACAGGCUUCGUCUGCUUCCCUUUUCUUCUUUCCCACCUAUACCUGUUCCCACACUUGAAACAGAGGAAAGAGAGGCAAGACAGUAAUCGCCAAUCCAAGCACUAGCUUCAGGGGAGAUGGGGCUAGGAUUCAACCCUGCUACGAUUCGGCGGCGCUGCGCAGAACUGAGCAGAGAGACAAGCCGAAGGGCAGGGAAUGGUGGCAGUUAUAAAAAAGCAAUGGUCAGGUCAGGAUCCCUGGCAGGAGAAAAAAAAAUAAUGGAGAGGGCUUGAAUCUAGGGACUACGUGAUCAGGUGGCAGAGGGGCUUUUGACAGAGAAGGAAUGGAUGCAUACACAACCAGCAAACUGGGAAGAGGGAGGGCUGUCUUUGAUGUUACAACUCAAGUUUCAGUUCCAGCUCUGCCACUUAGCUGCUGGUAGACCCUAGACUAAGUAACUACAUUUGCACCUAACCAUCCCGGAUUCCUGUAAAUGUCAAAUGAGCGAUCUCUGCCGCCCAUUCUUCCGUCCCUGGAACUUGGGGAAUAAGUGAAUAGAAUCUGAGGGCUCUUACCCGUUUCACUCUUCCUCGGUUCGGAAGACUGUCAAGGUUUUCAGAUCUAAAUGGACAAAGGGCUUCUAUCCCAACUUCCCAAGUUUAGGUGAGUGUUUCGCAAGGCAGAGCAGGAUACCAGCCCGAUCUCUGCCUCUGGCCUGUGGUGGACCAAAGUGGAGAGGGAAGGUAGCCAAUGAAUCAGCUUGGGACGUUUUUAGGCCUUCCCCCUUUCCUCCAUCUCCGUGUCCUUAGUGAUGCUCUCAAGUGUUACCGGGAUUUCCCACACAGAUGGUAUCGCCCUCCUGACAGGACCCUGACAAUUUCUGCAUCUCUCCUAGAAAACAGCCAGGCGAGGGGGGGGAAGGCUGAUCUUCAGCGGUCGGUGUGGGGUGUGAUACUCGCUGGAGCCACUACGGGGCGCGCGCAGGUCGCGAAUUCCCCCGGUUGCUGGUGCUCGAGUGCCCCCACACCAGCACUGCCAGUUACCUAGUUAUCGGGAUCCCUAGUAACCCAGCGCCGGUUUCCCGCCUUGACACCUCCAAGCCGCGCGCGGGGCCGGGAGCAGGCCUCCGGUCUCCCAGACCUCUGGGGCGCGCCGAGCCCUUCUUUGUAUUGAUCCACGCCAACAGGCUUAUUAAGACUGACGUUUAAGUCUUUUUUUUUUUUCUUCUUCUUUCCAACCUUGGGCACUUCCUCUGUGUCUGCUAUUUACUAGCCAUGUGACCUUGGCCAAAUCACUUCACCUCCCUGAGCCUCAGUUUCCUCAUCUGUCAAAUGGGGGUUUAUAAACACCUACCUCGCAGGGUUGUUGUGAGGAUUUAAUGCGGUAAUGUAUAUAAGGCGCCUUGCAGAGUGCCUGGCACAUAGUAGGCACCCAAUAAAUCUACUCUUCCCUUUAUGCA